AUGCAUCGGUUGGCUUUCGUUCCCCAUGGGGAACACUAUGCUGCAACGACGGAGCUCCGCCGACUGGGCCCUGAUUCUUUUUGGACCUCCGAAAUUGAGGGUAGCAGCGACCGCGCGCCGUUGACGAUGGUGUUGUUCAUCGUUGGAGAUAUGCCACAUGCGACGACGUCGAGGCAUGCCUCCCUCGUGCUCCCUCUCGGCCGGUGUCAGACUUUCAUAGACUGCUGCAUGCCGUCAACCGAAGCAGGCUUCAGGCAGCCGUUGCCGCCGCUGAGGAUCGCUUCUAAGGUGGGACGCGCUGUCCUGGUUGCCCAGAGACGUCUGGAUGGGUCACCGGAUCCAGCGGCUGGCAUCACAGCGUGUCCGUCUGAGCAAGAUGCAUGGCUGCUCAUCUACAG